AUGGCCAACCUGUCCCACAGUCAGAAGGGCCGCAAAAGGCCUUUAUCCUUGCAAGCUCUAAUGCCACAAGUACCCCGCGGCAACUAUUUGCACCUUCUGGAAGAGAAACAAAGACUACAGCUAAAGAAAUUCCUCCUUCAUAGGAUGUUUCUAGUGGCCAACACACAGGCAAACCUGGAGAAAAAAGAAAUUGCCGAAUACUAUGAACAAGUAUUUCAGUCGAUUUUGAAACAUCAUCCAGGAGAAGCAGUGACAGGAUUAUUGCUCAUAUACCCCACGUCCCUUCUGCAUAUCCUUGAGUCUUCCAGUGAUACCCUCUACCAAAUUCUUUUAGAUUAUCUAGACCAUGAAAGGAARGAAACAGACUAUUUCGUCCAAAAAAUGAAAAUUAUAGUCAUUUCUCAUAAUAUCCCAACGAGGUUCUUCAUGCAAUGGCACGUUUCAGUCAUCAAAGUGCCAGUUAUGUAUCUUGAUGAUGUGACACAGUCACAGUCCUUAAAUGAGGUCAUCACAGAUUUCCUCACCCAGACUCAUAAACUAGCACUUCACCUUUUUAAGGCUAUGAAAGCGGGUGCUAAGGGGCCAGGGGAUAAUUUGCACCAAGUUGCACCUGAGCUACUCCUUCCAGAACAAAUCAUAAAGUAUCUGUUGAAAUGUGAACAAUUCAUGGACCCACAAACAUUCAUGAACAUGUAUAAUAAACCUGUUCACGUUACCAUGGAUUCUGAGGUGGUCUGGCCUGCUCCUUCCCGUUUCUACAGCUGA